GGAAAAGACUUUGUUGAAGUCGGAACUGUGAGGGGAUCCUGGCUGACAGAAAGUUAGAGGCACGGAGAAGCCCGAGGAUUCUCUCUGAACUCUGGGAACUGCUUUAAAGAAGCUAGAGUACCAGAGAAGACCUAGGAGGUGUGCGAAUCUCUGCAGCUGGGGCCAAAAUGUCAUUCAUAGAUCCUUAUCAGCACAUUAUAGUGGAACACCAGUAUUCCCAUAAAUUCACGGUUGUGGUUCUAAGUGCCACCAAAGUAACCAAGGGGACCUUUGGUGAUAUGCUUGACACUCCAGAUCCUUAUGUGGAACUCUUCAUCUCUACAACCCCUGACAGCAGGAAGAGAACAAGACACUUCAAUAAUGACAUAAACCCCGUGUGGAAUGAGAGCUUUGAGUUCAUUUUGGAUCCUAAUCAGGAGAACGUUUUGGAGAUCACAUUGAUGGAUGCCAAUUACAUCAUGGAUGAAACCUUGGGCACGGCUACAUUUCCUGUGUCUUCUAUGAAGGUGGGAGAGAAGAAAGAAGUCCCUUUUAUCUUCAACCAAGUCACUGAGAUGAUUCUGGAAAUGUCUCUUGAAGUUUGCUCAUGCCCUGACCUACGGUUCAGCAUGGCUCUGUGUGAUCAGGAGAAAGCUUUCAGACAACAGAGGAAAGAGAACAUAAAGGAGAACAUGAAGAAACUCUUGGGUCCAGAAAAGAGUGAGGGGCUAUAUUCCACACGUGAUGUCCCUGUGGUGGCCAUUUUGGGUUCAGGUGGGGGUUUCCGGGCCAUGGUGGGAUUCUCUGGUGUGAUGAAGGCGCUGUAUGAAUCAGGGAUUUUGGACUGUGCUACCUACAUUGCUGGUCUUUCAGGCUCCACAUGGUACAUGUCAACCUUGUACUCUCACCCUGAUUUUCCAGAAAAAGGCCCAGAGGAGAUUAAUGAAGAGCUAAUGAAAAACGUUAGCCACAACCCUCUCUUACUUCUCACACCACAAAAAAUUAAGAGAUAUGUUGAUUCUUUAUGGAAGAAGAAAAGUUCUGGCCAACCUGUUACCUUUACUGACAUCUUUGGGAUGUUAAUAGGAGAAACACUAAUUCAAAAUAGAAUGAACACUACCUUGAGUAGUUUGAAGGAAAAGGUCGAUGCAGCUCGGUGCCCCUUGCCUCUCUUCACCUGCCUCCAUGUCAAACCUGAUGUGUCAGAGCUGAUGUUUGCUGAUUGGGUUGAAUUUAGUCCAUAUGAGAUUGGCAUGGCAAAAUAUGGUACCUUUAUGGCUCCUGACCUAUUUGGAAGCAAGUUUUUUAUGGGAACGGUUGUGAAAAAAUAUGAAGAGAACCCCUUGCAUUUCUUAAUGGGUGUCUGGGGCAGUGCCUUUUCCAUACUGUUCAACAGAGUCCUGGGAGUUUCUGGGUCACAAAACAAAGGCUCUACAAUGGAGGAGGAAUUAGAAAAUAUUACGGCAAAGCACAUUGUGAGUAAUGACAGUUCUGACAGUGAUGACGAGGCCCAAGCACCCAAAGGCACAGAGAACGAAGAGGCCGAAAGAGAGUACCAAAAUGACAACCAAGCAAGCUGGGUCCAUCGGAUGCUGAUGGCCUUGGUGAGUGACUCAGCUUUGUUCAAUACCCGAGAAGGCCGCGCAGGGAAGGUGCACAACUUCAUGCUGGGCUUGAAUCUCAACACGUCCUAUCCACUGUCUCCCUUGAGAGACCUCACCCCCCAGGAUUCCUUCGAUGACGACGAACUCGAUGCAGCCGUAGCAGAUCCGGAUGAAUUUGAACGAAUAUAUGAACCACUAGAUGUCAAAAGUAAAAAGAUUCAUGUUGUAGACAGCGGGCUCACUUUUAACCUGCCGUAUCCCUUGAUUCUACGACCUCAGAGAGGUGUGGAUCUCAUCAUCUCCUUUGACUUCUCUGCAAGGCCAAGUGACACAAGCCCUCCUUUCAAGGAACUUCUACUCGCAGAGAAGUGGGCUAGAAUGAACAAGCUCCCCUUCCCAAAGAUUGACCCUUACGUGUUUGAUCGGGAAGGAUUGAAGGAGUGCUAUGUUUUUAAACCCAAGAAUCCCGACGUGGAGAACGAUUGCCCUACCAUUAUCCACUUCGUUCUGGCCAACAUCAACUUCAGAAAGUACAAGGCCCCAGGUGUUCCAAGGGAAACCAAAGAGGAGAAAGAAAUAGCUGACUUUGACAUUUUUGAUGACCCUGAGUCGCCAUUUUCAACCUUCAACUUUCAGUAUCCAAAUCAAGCCUUCAAAAGGCUACAUGAUCUCAUGUACUUCAACACGCUGAACAACAUUGACGUGAUAAAGGAUGCCAUUGUUGAGAGCAUUGAAUACAGAAGACAGAACCCAUCUCGUUGCUCUGUUUCCCUGAGUAAUGUCGAGGCAAGAAAAUUCUUCAACAAGGAGUUCCUAAGUAAACCCAAGGCGUAGUCUGUGUGCUGGAAAGAUCAAGCCGUUUGGAUUCCAUGACAAUUGGAGUCAAGAGCAAUUUAGAGGUGGUCUUACUGAGCAUAAGAGACUGGCUAGCACUCAGAGUUACAGUGAUUUCGCUUCAUGUUGGGUGGAAAAUGGUGUUGGUUAUGUAAUUCUUAGCAACAGUUUGUGUCAGUAUGAACUUUCUGACAUAAGCAUAUGGAUUUAUACUGUAUUUUAAACAUUCCUCACCAACCUUUUUUUUACCUGUACUUAUACAUACAUAUAUAUAUAUAUAUAAAUGUGGUUUUCUUUUUAAAAUAUUUAAUAGUUUAGCUCAGUAAGUAAGGCUUCCCAUUGUGUGUGAAUGUUAUUCACAAACUAGAUUUGUUCAUGCCAUGACACAACACUAUUUUUUAUUUAAGAUUCAUAUGUACACAUAUGAAAUAAAAAACUUUGAUGUACAAACUACCA